AUGUCCGACACCCAGCUCAAUGUCCUUAUUGCCCACUACCUCGCCUCACACGCCCCCCAAGCACUCCACCCCUUCCUAGCAGCAAGCGACACCCCUCUUCCCGACCUAUCCAACCCCCCCAACCCCGACCUGCUAACGUUGGUCACCGACGCGCGAGCAGCUGAACUCGCCGCCAAGCUCCAACACACCCACCUCGCCCCUGUCGCAGACCUCAAAUCUCUCCUAUCCGAACCCCUUCCCCAAAACGACAAGUUGACUCGAGUUGCGCGGACAUUCGACCAUAUUUCAGAUGGAAACCUCACCGCCGUGGCCGUAUCCAACCUCCCUCGCCGGUCAUUCAAUACUGCUACUGCGGAAUACGAAACCCGGCAAGAGAAAAGUAUCGUCGUGGGGGGGGCGGAUCGGGCCGUUCGUGUGGUCGACUGGAACUCGGGCGAGAUUGUCCAGAUGAUGACUUUCAAGGCGCCCGUUCUGUGUCUAGCGAUACAUCCCACCAACCCACGCUAUAUUGUUAGUGGGGCCAUGGACGGAACCCUCUCUCUUUCCGAUACGAUCACCCAUUCUACCCUCCAGACAUUUAGUGGGGCCAAGUUUGUCGUUCGCGUAGCCUUCUCAUCUGAUGGACGAUACCUCGCAUCGGCGAGCUAUGAUAAGAGCGUGAGCGUGUACGAAGCGGUUGGGGCAGCGCACCACGCGCGUACAGGUAACGACGACGCCGACGCGUGGUUGCAUGCCCUGGACUCUGGGGACGAUGCCGACGCUGCCGCCGAGCCCGAGCUGCGAUACCAACUCCGACACAGAGUCGAGACCGAGAGUAACCCCGAAGCCCUCCUCUUCCACCCCGCCUCUACGUGGUUGAUGUACACGCAACGCGCGAGUCCGGCACUGCAUUACCUCUCCCUUGGGGAUUGGGAGACUCGCUCAAAGAGCUUCAACGUCCACGCCCUCGACAAUCAUGUUUCGUUUGCCGUGCUGGACCUCGCUCUCCAUCCUUCUGGGCGGAUCAUUGGGGCAAUUACAGGCGACCAUGCUGGUCCUGGCGCGGAGAGGGUUUUGCUCUACGGCGUCGAACCAGAUGAAACUGAGCGCCUUGCUUGUCUUUGGACUCGGAGUGAACCGGACGCAUUCGUGCUCCCCCGCCUCGCUUUCUUGCCCUCUGGUCGCGGGAUCAUCACUACCAGCGCCAGCGGCGAACUUACCCUCCUCACCCUACAGGGCGAAGUGCGGAGUAAGCUCAAGGUCCAUGCUGCUAGGGAGGGUGUCACCGGCACGAGCGAUGUCGUGCGCGACCUUGCCGUUGCUACCCAUGGAGAAGGAGGUUGGGAGGUCGUGAGCGUCGGGUACGACCGUACCAUCAAGAUGACACUUGGGCGUGAGUAA